AAAUCAAAGAAAAUUACUUUUUAAAGAAAUCUGGUUUUUAAAUAUAACCUACCAAACAUUUUGUGAUUGAAAGAUGUUAAAAAUGAGUUCAGACGAAUCUCCAGAAAUGUGUAAAAAGUUUGUUACCAAACAUUCGAUAGAUUCCAUCCUAAGGAAGCCUUCAAUAGAUGAUGGUGGAGUUUCAGAUGAUGUUUUAGGUCGUGACCUGUCGCCAGUAUCAAGGACAUCCGGAAAUGAUCAGGAAAGCAGCGAGGAGGAAAUAAACUGGAAUGACAUACAUGGUUCUGACAAUGUAUUAGAUAGAGAACAUAUCGGUGACAGUGAAUUAUAUAAUGAUAUGAGUGAUAACAGUUACAAGAAACGACGUAUUAGGACAACAUUUAGUGCAGACCAGCUACAGACAUUAGAAGAUGUAUUCCGAGUAACUCAUUACCCAGACGUCAACACCAGAGAAGAACUUUCACAAAAGACAGGUUUACCGGAAGCUCGAGUACAGAUUUGGUUUCAAAACAGAAGAGCAAAAUGGAGAAAGUAUGAAAAACUUGGAAAUUUUGGAGGACUACAGGGGCUUACAGAAACCAAUUAUGUUCCGGCACCAAAGUCAAGUAUUCCACGACAAGAUGAGCUGGCACUAGGCUUAGAUCAAGCACAGGUAAAUAGAAAGGUAGAUUGCAAAAACGAUGAUGAACAAGAUAUGCCAUUGAAUUUAUCAACGUCGUCAAUGCCAAUUUUUCCUUCAUUUCCAUUUUAUGGGUUGGCGCCGUUUCCGUUUUACACAGGUUGUCAUGCACCAGGUGAACCCAAAAGAUCAGGAAGCAUUGCUGCUCUUCGACUGAAAGCACGAGAACACGAGGCGGCAAUGGAAAUGAUGUUUCAAUAUAAAUGAGAACUUCCUGUUUUUUUAUAAAGUCAAUCAGAUUUGAUAUGACUUUGUGUAUUAGUAAGACAGGAAUGACACUCGAUGUGCAGGAUUAUUGAAGCUUUUCAUCAACUUUGUGCAAAUCUGAACAUAUUUGCAUACAACCCAAGUUGUGGUUCGUCGAAGCUAACUGUGAUAUUACUUUUGUAAAGUAACUUGUAUAUGUAUAUAUAAAAUAAAUAUUUUCUUUUUUUGUA